ACCAUAUGCAUGUUAUGGCAAUUUAGAUGACGAAUAUCGGCUGGGCUUAAGACGGACCUUCUUGGCUUCUAAAUUGCAGCAGCUUCACCCGUAGGGCUGCUCAGGACAGGACAAGGACUUGGUCUUUGCUUGAAUUUACAGCCAUGGCAGGGGUGCCAGCUCCAGCCAGUCAGCUCACCAAGGUGCUGGCUGGCUUGCGGCAUACUUUCGUCGUCGCAGAUGCCACGCUUCCGGACUGUCCGCUGGUCUACGCCAGCGAGGGGUUCUAUGCCAUGACUGGAUAUGGACCCGAUGAGGUGCUUGGUCACAACUGCCGCUUCCUCCAAGGCGAGGGCACGGACCCCAAGGAGGUCCAGAAGAUCAGGGACGCCAUCAAGAAGGGCGAGGCCUGCUCCGUGCGCCUGCUCAACUACCGCAAGGACGGCACGCCCUUUUGGAACCUGCUCACCGUCACGCCCAUCAAGACGCCCGACGGCCGGGUGUCCAAGUUCGUGGGCGUGCAGGUGGAUGUGACCAGCAAGACGGAGGGCAAGGCGCUGGCGGACAACAGCGGCGUGCCGCUGCUGGUCAAGUACGACCACCGCCUGCGCGACAACGUGGCGCGCACGAUUGUGGACGACGUGACCAUUGCGGUGGAGAAGGCGGAGGGCGUGGAGCCGGGGCAGGCCUCGGCGGUGGCGGCGGCCGCGCCGCUGGGCGCCAAGGGCCCCCGCGGCACGGCGCCCAAGUCGUUCCCGCGUGUGGCGCUGGAUCUGGCCACGACCGUGGAGCGCAUCCAGCAGAACUUCUGCAUCUCCGACCCCACCCUGCCCGACUGCCCCAUCGUGUUCGCCUCCGACGCCUUCCUGGAGCUGACCGGCUACAGCCGCGAGGAGGUGCUGGGCCGCAACUGCCGCUUCCUGCAGGGCGCCGGCACGGACCGCGGCACGGUGGACCAGAUCCGCGCCGCCAUCAAGGAGGGCUCGGAGCUCACGGUGCGCAUCCUCAACUACACCAAGGCCGGCAAGGCCUUCUGGAACAUGUUCACGCUGGCGCCCAUGCGCGACCAGGACGGCCACGCGCGCUUCUUCGUGGGAGUGCAGGUGGACGUGACUGCCCAGUCCACCUCGCCCGACAAGGCGCCGGUGUGGAACAAGACGCCGGAGGAGGAGGUGGCCAAGGCCAAGAUGGGCGCGGAGGCGGCCAGCCUCAUUAGCAGCGCGCUGCAGGGCAUGGCUGCGCCCACCACCGCCAACCCCUGGGCGGCCAUCAGCGGCGUCAUCAUGCGCCGCAAGCCGCACAAGGCCGACGACAAGGCCUACCAGGCGCUGCUGCAGCUGCAGGAGCGCGACGGCAAGAUGAAGCUGAUGCACUUCCGUCGCGUGAAGCAGCUGGGCGCGGGAGACGUGGGCCUGGUGGACCUGGUGCAGCUGCAGGGCUCGGAGCUCAAGUUCGCGAUGAAGACGCUGGACAAGUUUGAGAUGCAGGAGCGCAACAAGGUGGCGCGCGUGCUGACGGAGAGCGCCAUCCUGGCGGCGGUGGACCACCCCUUCCUGGCCACGCUGUACUGCACCAUCCAGACCGACACGCACCUGCACUUCGUCAUGGAGUACUGCGACGGCGGCGAGCUGUACGGGCUGCUGAACAGCCAGCCCAAGAAGCGGCUCAAGGAGGAGCACGUGCGCUUCUACGCCUCGGAGGUGCUCACCGCGCUGCAGUACCUGCACCUGCUGGGCUACGUCUACCGCGACCUCAAGCCCGAGAACAUCCUGCUGCACCACACCGGACACGUCCUGCUCACCGACUUCGACCUGUCGUACAGCAAGGGCUCCACCACGCCGCGCAUCGAGAAGAUCGGCGGCGCCGGCGCGGCGGGCGGCUCGGCGCCCAAGUCGCCCAAGAAGUCCUCCUCCAAGAGCGGCGGCUCCAGCUCCGGCUCGGCGCUGCAGCUGGAGAACUACCUGCUGCUGGCGGAGCCCUCCGCGCGCGCCAACAGCUUCGUGGGCACGGAGGAGUACCUGGCGCCCGAGGUCAUCAACGCCGCCGGGCACGGGCCAGCCGUGGACUGGUGGUCCCUGGGCAUCCUCAUCUUCGAGCUGCUGUACGGCACCACGCCCUUCCGCGGCGCGCGGCGCGACGAGACCUUCGAGAACAUCAUCAAGAGCCCGCUCAAGUUCCCCUCCAAGCCCGCCGUGAGCGAGGAGUGCCGCGACCUGAUCGAGAAGCUGCUGGUCAAGGACGUGGGGGCCCGCCUGGGCUCGCGGACCGGCGCCAACGAGAUCAAGAGCCACCCCUGGUUCAAGGGCAUCAACUGGGCGCUGUUGCGGCACCAGCAGCCGCCGUACGUGCCGCGCCGCGCCAGCAAGGCGGCGGGCGGCAGCAGCACCGGCGGCGCGGCGUUCGACAACUACUGAGGAGAGAGUGAGCGGCGUGGUGUGCUGGAGGUGGAGGAAAAGGAAACGCGUGGAUGCAUGCGUGGCGGGACUUAUGGAGCGAGGCGGGCGGGGCUGGUGGAAGAUGCUACUGAUGCCGCUGCUGUUAAUAAAGGCGUACUAAGCAUCUGCGAACUGCGGGCUGGAGUGGAGGAGGAGAGGGGCUGGGACGUGGCGGCCGCUGGCGACUGAGGACAGGGGCUGCGGAAGGGGAGGCAGGGCACGGGUCGCAGCGCGGAGUGUUGCGGCGCGACUGCGACUGCCUGGUGGGGCGUGCCUUUGGGUGCCGGGGGCCGGAUGGCAGGUGCGAGACCGACGGGUUGGGGAGCGGGGAAGACCCACUGCACGUGUGUGCGGUGAGCUCAUCUGGGUGGGGUGGGUGUGGGGUGGUGCGUGUGCAUUGUGUGGCGGUGCGCUAUUGAAAUGUGUAUGCUGCCUUUACAAACUGCUCCAUGACAGUUUUGAUUCGCAGGGGGCACUCCUCGCCCAACUGCUGUCGGCAAGGCCAGCUUUACGGCCCGCGGAAGGGAGUACGUGUGUGCGUCCUGUCGUCACCUUUCCGGCCAACCAAAGCCGACAGUAGAAUAGCAGCGAGGUCUGUUCGGAACGUAUCAGGAUUAACUAAAUGCUUAGGGUUGGUGUGAAGGGGUUGCCUGGCGGAAGCCCGAGCCACUGGGCGUGUUGGAGGACCACGCCCGUUGGCUGAAGUUGGAGAGCGCACCGGCGGAAGCAGGUGUUGGCACAGGUGCUCAGAAGACUGCCGAAGAUAUCCUGCGCUCCUGCAGUUUUGCAGUUUGGAGCUCGUGGCAGCGAGCGCGCGGCCAAGUUCUGGUCGGCAUGGCGUGGUGCGUAAGGCUGCAUGGGCACCAGUGCGGGUGCGCGUGACUCGCACUCACCCUUUCACGUUGCUCGGAACGAGGGCAGGGCGAGGCGGCGAUACUCAUGCUGUGGAAUGUGUGCGUGGAUUGUGUCAGUCAUUUGUGUUCGUGGUUGCGAGGAACCUGGAAGCGGCUGUGCAUGAGAAGGGCCUGAGCGCGAGGAAGGGUUUGAGGUGCUUAGCGUGAGACUGGCCGGUGCCUGGUCGGGGGCCGGUGCCUGCGCGCCGCCCCGGCUGCAGCUAAGUGGUGAUGCGGGCUGUGCGCGUGUUUGGAAGUUGUGGACCAACCUGUAUGCCUUUGAGCACCAAAUAAGGAACAUGGACGGCAGGCGACGGAAUGAGGUGUGUGGCCGGAGGGGCGCACCAGGUGGGUGAUUCGCUGGGUUUUAGGGGGGGCUGCCCGUGUGUUGUCGGUGUUGUUCUGGCUCUGAGAGAGUGACACGGCGUGGACUCGGCUUGCCGUGAGAGGAGUCCCACACUGGGGAGACGCGGCGCUGGAACUGCGAGCGCGCAAGCAGUGAAGUGUAUAGGGUAGGUCCGGGGAAGGACGCAGCUGUUAUCCGUAUCCGUGAAUGAAAUGCGAUUGUGUGCUGGCUGGGCAUGUGGGCUCGUCGGGUGGACGGCUGAGCCCUGGCAAGAUAUUGUCCGGUGUAACGCUUCCGUCGU